AGACUAGACAGCACCCAGUGGUGAAUCAAUUUCGCUGAGUUUAUCAAUUAUGAGCGACGAUGAUGGCCCCGAGCUCAUCGGACUGGGCCGAGUUGGACGCGUGAUGCGCUUCGGAGACAUUGCAGUGAAAACGGCUAACAUAUGGACUGUGCCCGACAACGCGUCUGAGAUGACAAUAAUCAGCUAUGAGCAAACGACUGAGCUUAACAAAGAAUCAUUAAAACAUGAAGGGCAUGUGUAUUGCCACCUGGGGAAUAUUCCGGGCGUAAUAAGGCCCUACCAGGUCUCGGAUACCGAAAUUCGGAUGCCAUAUCUACGCCAGGGUCCACUCAGCCGCUAUCUGCGCACUCAUCGUGAUGGCGUGGACAACAAUCGACGAUUAAAAUGGCUCCAGGAAGCUGCACAUAUCAUCCGUCGAACACACGAUCGGCGGGUGUUAGUAUCCGAUAUCGCGACACGGAAUUUCCUACUUGAGGAGGAUCUGUCUCUUCAGAUGUGCGAUUUCACCGAAUCAAUCAUUGUCGCCAAUGAUAAAGAUAUGGCCGACUUCAUAUCCGAAGACUUCGUUUCAGUCAAGUCCGACAUUGCGCGCUUUGGCUCGAUGAUGUACGAGAUAAUCUCCGGAAAUCAGUUUGAAUUCUACGUCAUACCCGACAUCGAGACCGACCUGGAUGAUGAUCCAGGGUCUAAGACGUUCAAGACGUGGCCAACCGCUGAUAAACUCCCAGUUACGGACAAUUUGUUCCUGGGAGAUGUCAUCAGGAGAUGCUGGAUUAGGAACGGAUUUGUCACCAUGCAGGAAGUUUGUCACGCCUUGGACAAUUUUGAUCAAGGGUCAGCAGCCUCAAAGGCUUCUAGAGACGCGGAUAAGGAAAAGAUGAAUUGGAGGCAUUUCCUGCGCUUAGCAAGUCCGGUAGCAACAGCAGUUAUUCUUGCCAUUGUCAUCGUUCCACGACUUCGUUUACCGUGGCGGACGAUAUCCGCCUUUCUGCCCUCCAUCAAACAUUGAUUCUACGAUAUCCUUUCUACAAUGUACUCUAAUGUAAUUAAUAUGAUCUACUGUGAGACACCUGAUACUCGAAAUGUCAAAUCUCACAUACGCUUGAGGGACAUACUAUGCGCUCAUAACAAAUGAGAGGCGCCAG